GGAACGGCAUCAACUUAGCUCCUUCUAAUUGUGGAAAUCCCGAUUAAUCUGGGAAUAGUCCGCGCUAUCUAGGAAAAUGCGUGAAAUCGUACACAUCCAGGCUGGCCAAUGUGGAAAUCAGAUUGGCGCCAAGUUCUGGGAGGUCAUCUCUGACGAACACGGAAUUGAGCCGACUGGUAUUUACAACGGUGAUUCCGACUUACAGCUGGAAAGGAUCAAUGUGUAUUAUAACGAAGCGAGCGGCGGAAAAUACGUCCCACGAGCAUGCCUCGUCGAUUUGGAGCCGGGAACUAUGGACUCAGUUCGUGCAGGACCAUUUGGGCAGCUUUUUCGUCCGGACAACUUCGUUUUCGGUCAAUCUGGUGCUGGAAAUAAUUGGGCAAAAGGCCACUACACGGAAGGUGCUGAAUUGGUGGACAACGUUCUGGAUGUUGUGAGAAAGGAGGCUGAAAGUUGCGAUUGCUUACAGGGAUUCCAAAUGACACACUCUCUCGGUGGAGGCACAGGAUCUGGAAUGGGAACUCUGCUUAUUUCUAAAAUUCGUGAGGAAUACCCUGAUCGGAUAAUGAACACAUUUUCUGUGGUACCAAGCCCAAAAGUUUCCGAUACGGUUGUCGAGCCGUACAAUGCUACACUAUCUGUUCAUCAGCUGGUUGAGAACACUGACGAGACUUUUUGUAUAGAUAACGAGGCCCUCUACGACAUCUGCUUCCGCACUCUCAAGUUGACAACACCCACUUAUGGAGAUUUGAAUCAUCUGGUGUCAAUGACAAUGAGUGGUGUAACUACAUGCCUGCGAUUCCCUGGUCAGCUAAAUGCGGAUUUACGCAAAUUAGCAGUGAAUAUGGUGCCUUUUCCACGCCUGCAUUUCUUCAUGCCUGGUUUUGCGCCACUGACUUCUCGCGGUUCACAACAGUACAGAUCGCUGACUGUACCAGAGCUGACGCAACAAAUGUUUGAUGCCAAAAACAUGAUGGCAGCCUGUGAUCCACGGCAUGGUCGUUAUCUUACAGUGGCAGCGAUGUUCAGAGGCCGCAUGAGCAUGAAGGAAGUCGAUGAGCAGAUGCUCAACGUGCAAAACAAGAAUUCGUCAUACUUUGUGGAAUGGAUUCCCAACAACGUGAAAACGGCCGUUUGCGACAUUCCGCCUAGAGGAGUAAAGAUGGCCGCCACAUUUGUCGGCAAUUCUACAGCUAUUCAAGAGCUCUUCAAGAGGAUUUCCGAGCAAUUUACAGCAAUGUUUCGUCGUAAGGCAUUCUUGCAUUGGUACACCGGCGAAGGUAUGGACGAGAUGGAGUUUACCGAAGCUGAAUCGAAUAUGAAUGACUUGGUUUCCGAAUAUCAACAAUAUCAGGAAGCCACUGCAGACGACGAAGGCGAGUUCGAUGACCAAGAGCACGACGUCGAGGAAUGAAACUGGAAUAGCAGUAUACGCUCUUAAAAUUAGUGUAGAUCUUGAGCAUUCACGUUAUUUCUGCCGUAACUUCUACUCAAUAUAUGUUCGGUUUUGCAUAAAUCGUUCUAGUCCUCAUGAUUCUGAUAUAUGUGUAUACUUGUACAAAUAGAAUAUGUGAUGUUUAUCAGUAAAGAAUCGUGUGUA